AUGAUUCGCGACUAUAACCAUAGUCAAGUGUGGGUGUCGUGUCGUUUAGGACUGUCUUUCUAUAUCUUUGCCAAUACAGAAGCGGAGCUCUUAUUAACCAUUGAAGUUGUUUCCACUAAGACAUCAUCUGCUGGAUCAGCGCUGAGGCAUCUGUUUAAUAGUUGUCCUGCUGUAGGAAUGGUAGAACUCGACUCUACCGAUACAACCACUGCAUUGUUAUCCUCACCAAUAGUGAAACCUAUGAAGGAGUCGAAAGUGGCUAACCUUCGCCACAAUCGGUGCGAAUUCAGGUGUAAACCGCUGUCAGUCAGUAAGGAUUGGUUGGGAAUCAGUUAUAACGUGAUUGUUAGCUAUACACAAGUAGUGGUAAUUCCGACAAACUGUGGAACAGAUGACGUUCCACAACAAGAAGUGGAAGCAAUCUGUAACCCAUUCUUAUCGAAACACUUAUCACAACAGCAAAGAGUAAUGGCUUUGCAUCAGAAUAACGAUAAUAUUCCCAAACAUAUUGACACCAAUUCUCAACAGAAUUCACGAAACAACAUAACUAACGAUCGCUUUUGGUUCGACCAAAACACCGAUAAUACCAGAAAUCAAAGUAAACAAACAGUGAAUAUAUCUGCCCUCAAACACGAUCACCCAUUGAUCGCAUCCGCAGUCGACAACAUCGGCCCGAAGAGCAGUAACGCUCUCUGCGGUAAUGAAAGUAUUUUAGUGGCUUCUCUGCCGCCAACAGAACCACAAAUACUCUCACAGACCGGUCAAUGGUUUGAUGAAAACGAUUACAUUUGCGACCGAAAAGCAAUUUGUUUGCCGUUUGGAUACUGUAUUGACGACGAGAAGGCCUCUCAAUAUCACUCACAUAUAUCUCUCAAUAUGAGUGAUAACGACGCGGACUGGAUGUGCGACAACACCAACAUGUCGUACAAUGGAGUGACCGGUUAUCCCUAUUGUAUAGACAACUCGUUUAAUAUGGAGAACGUGUUUCAAGUGGACAAAGCGGACAUUAAGACCGGCCCGACAUUGGCUCAGCUCAACGCCAGUGAUGUUUGGGACGCUUUAGAUUUGGAUGAUUUGCUCGCAAGCGCUCAAAUGGACGUCAAACACAUGUCCAAUAGAUCCCGAUUUGCAUCCAAUAGUGGCUAUCGAUUGAAUAACAAUUCUGCCAUUACUUCAAUGGAUUACGAAUACGACUCUAAACUUCAGGAAAACAUCGAUUAUUUAACUUCUUUACUGAACAGUUCUAAAAGUGGUGCAACUCUUCCACAACAACCCGUGUCCUCAGAUGUCAAACCUCUUCCGACUUCUAGUCUCAACACUAUUGUUAUAACAACGCAAACAGUGCCGCAAGAAAUGGUCCAUAACUCACAACUUGUAACCCAAAAGAGUGUACAGAAAGAAACGGCCGCUAAGAACAGCGGAACUCUCAACCAAAUGCCCACCACAACAGUGUUGAGCACUUUAUUGGGCGCCCAACCCAUCAAACAAAAGUUGUUAUCUAAUGAUAAGUCACAGCCAAUGCCUCAGACCUCCUCCUCAUCCGCACUGAUCUCUCAAAGCAAAACGGUUUCCAAUUCUAGCGAAGAAAAUAAAGUGUUGUCUCGCGUCAGAAAUAAUUCGAUGAGUACUGAAUACAGCGUCUCAUCCCAUGACGAGGGGUUCGCCUCUCAGCCCGAAGACACCGAUAAUGAAGACGACGACAUGGACUCAGACGACGAGUCCUUUUAUGGCGAUUACGACGCGUCCGAUCUGUUGGGCGCUUCCACUUCAGACGACGCCAACAACAAGUGGUCGUUAAAUAUGGGCCGAUCGCGCAAAGGAGGAGAGCGACGAUACUUCUGGCAAUACAACGUCCAAAGCAAAGGCCCGAAAGGCACUCGUAUUGCGGCCGUUGAAGAGAACAGUGAUCCCCAUGUCUUCAAAGAGAUCAGUGAUCCCGUCUUCAGUCCCGACUGUCAGAUAGAAGGCGUCAAACACUCGGGAAAGGCUCGACGCGGAGACGGCAAUGAUUUGACACCCAAUCCCAAAAAGCUGUUAAUGAUUGGCUUAGAGUUGAAGAAAUUGAGUAAAAUUAUCAAUGAGUUGACACCUGUGGCCGAAGUGCCCGUCAGUUCUCGAGGUAAGUCUCGGAAAGAGAAGAAUAAGUUGGCGUCGAGAGCGUGUCGGCUCAAGAAGAAGGCACAACACGAGGCUAACAAAAUCAAACUCUACGGCCUUCAGAUGGAGCACAAGAAGAUUAUGGUUCUCUUGUCUGAAGUGAAGAAAUACGUUCGUCUCUACGGCCAAAACACGAACCCAAACGAAGUGUUUACCACUCAAGCGGUGGAGAGGCUUAUCAAACAGAAGGGACCGUUGGUUCCCGUGGCCGGAAAGACCAGCGAUUUUGUCAAUCAUAUUCUGGAUAACGUGGCCGCCGGUGUCUCCAACGGCGGUUUGGAUAAAAUAUAAUUAAGUUAUCAUUUUUGAGAUUCUUGAACACAAUUAUUGCAAUUUUAGUUUAUCAUAAUUUCGAUGAAUUUCUUUUUUCCGUUAAUCUAUUUUAAACAAUGUAUUCAUUAAUUAUUAUUACUUUGAAAAGAAACGAGAGAUCCAUUCAUUCAAUUGCUAUACAGAUUUGAAACUGAUUUAUAAUUACUGUUACCACUAAUGAGACAUUUCUGAAACCAUAGAUAUUUGUUAAGACAUAAAACAGUGUGAAAUUGAGGCAAAUGUGCAAAUUGUCCGCAACUGACUGUGAUAUGAUAGCUAUGAGUGCGAGAUUGUGAUGAUGUUUACCGUUAUUUUAUGACACAUUCGACUCAAACACUAAAAACAACUUCUAUUGAAAAGACAUUUAACUUUUUUCUAAAGAUAUUUCAAUCCUUUCACAUAUGAGUACAAAUACAUUCAUAUAAACCACUGUUUUAAUGAGUUUUAAGUUUCCGGACAAAUGACCACUUUUUCUGCUCGCAUCCAAAGUUUAAUACAAUAG